CAUUACUCAGAUUCAAACAAAUUUUAACUCUCUUGGAGGCUUUACAAAAGACUAACGAAUUUACAAAAAUAUAAAAAUACACCCAUUUUUUGACUUUCCACAUAUAUCUUAGUUAAUGAUCACACAGUGUCCAUUUCUCAAGCCAAAUCUUAAGACACACAAACUCUCUUCACCACAUCCAAACUUUCAGUUCAACCAAGCAUUUUCAUGGCUACUGCAAUUUCUUUAUCAUUUUCUUUAGACCCUCAAUCUUACCAUCACCACUUUCACCAUAAUAAUAUGAACUUCAAUUCACAUAAAGUUUCAAUCUUUACCCCAAAAUAUACAUUCCCUUUUCUCAUCUCAUCAAAAUCACACACUUCCAAUCUAAUUAUCCCACUUUCAACUUCCCAAUCUUCAUCUCAAACCCCACUUCAAACAGGUAGAUUUCUAACAAACCAAGAACUUGAAAAGCUUCAAUCUUUAGAGAAAUACAGGUAUUUUCAAGAAUUGGAAUCUGGUUCAUUGUGGAUUCGUUUGAUGAAGGAAGAAGAAAUGGAUGUUACUGUUUGGUUAUUAGCUGAGUCUUUUGCUGAGUCAAUGUUGAUGCCUAAAGGUUAUGUGAAAUUUUUGGCAUAUUUAGUGAAGCAAUACAUGAUUGAGAGAAGAACAAUGAUGCCACAUGCUGCAACACUUCUUGGAUUCUAUAAAGAAAAUGGUGAAGAUGUGGAUUUGCAAUUGGCUGGAACUGUUGAAGUUUGUUUUGAUAAAAGGGGUGCUAAUGCUAAUCCUCCCACACCUACACCUCCCAAGAACUCUCCAUAUAUUUGCAAUAUGACAGUAGAUAAGCUGCUUAGGAGAAGGGGCAUAGGUUGGCAUCUGUUGAAAGCAAGCGAGGAACUAAUUUCUCAAAUGAGUUCUUCUAGAGAGGUUUACUUGCACUGUCGAAUGAUUGAUACUGCUCCACUCAACAUGUAUAAAAAAGCAGGGUAUACCAUUGUUGAGACAGACAACAUUUUUAUCUUGUUGACGUUGCAGCGACGCAAGCACUUGAUGUGCAAAGUUCUUCCAGAUUCAGAAAUCCCUUUUGAUGUUGAUGAAUGUACUUCUUCAGUGGAUACGCAUGUAAACAUAGACAACUUUUGAGGUGGUUUUGGUUCUUCGAUGUGCCAAUAUUCCACAGGUUUAUAUAUCCCUGAAGACAACCAUAUUUUGUAUUUUACAAUGUGCAGAAGCUAUAUGCAACUUUGUGAACUAUUAUGAUGCAGCACAUGGCAAUUAUAAGAGCAUGAGAAAUAUUGCUGCUAUAUAAAGAAGAGGAAGGAUACGAUGCUGAAACAUACAAGGAUUUAGCUGAUCCUCAGACUUGCUUCUCCGACGUUUGUUCCACGCUGACACCAAACCAAAAGGCAUGAUAACUGUUCUUUCAAUAGAUUCAGAUGCUUGGUUGUGGGUUCAAUGAUGUAUUACAUUUGAUAAGACAGUAAACAUUAAUGGAGAAAAGGAUACAAAUUUCUAAGCCACGGAGAAAUUCAUGAUAAAAAUAAAGCAAACUCAGAUACUACAGAAUAAGUAGGUAUUGAAACACAAAACCAGCUGAAGAAGGAGAAAGAAGAAGAAUGAGAAAAUAGAUACUGAAGUAUAUUGGAAGGAGGAUAUAGAGUUGUAUGAGAACCCUGUUGGAGUAUUUAUAAAGCAAAUGAGAAGUUAGCUUAUGACAAAUACUUGACACUCUAAGCUCUGUUAUCACAUAACAACCUAAGGCUUCUCAUUCUCACUUGAAGGGUAAGAAAAAGCAAGAGAUUGGGCAAAAAAGUUGCUUACCUUCAAAUGAAGUAGGUGAGGGUAUGCCUUGAAAAUGAUAGAGAAGCUGCAAUUUAAUAUAACAUUCUCUUUUUUCUUUA